AUGGAGGGCAAACAAGCUAUUGUGUUAGGUGUUCGUGCACCGGGACUUGUUGAGGCUCAGCCUGAUAAACCUCUGGUAUAUGAGAUUGACACAGCAGCUCAUUUUUACACUGAUAUGGCAACCACCGACCGAGAUGAGUUGAUUGGAUGGGCUCGCGCCAUUGCCGUAAAGUUAAAGUUUGCAAUUGUAAUUGGGAAAUCCGACAACGAUAUAAGAAAGCAGUAUUUCAGGUUGGAUUGCGAACGGGGAGGCCGGUACGUGUCAACAAAUAAGAAGCUAAAAUCUGAUCAAACCGGCACGAGGCAAUGCGGAUGUCCCUUUCGACUUUGUGGUUAUUGUCAUGCCGAUAAAACAUGGCAUUUAACCGUUGUAAACGGCAUACAUAACCACGAGUUGGACAAAGUAGUCGAAGGACAACUCAUUGUCGAUCGUUUGAAACCGGAAGAGAAGCAAUUUAUGGACGAAAUGUCAAGGAAUUUGGUUCUGCCUAAGAAUAUAAUGUCCACAUUGAAAGAGAGAGAUCUAAACAACAAGACAACGGCAUAA